GGUUUACAAAAAAAAACUUAACCGGCUCAGCCCUUGUUACUAGCAGCCAUACAGUGGAUUACAAUGUGCAGCCAUACAGUGGAUUACAAUGUCCAUAUUACAAAAAAUCCUCAAGGUCGUAAAUAAUUCAGUGCGAUUGGUUGAAGUGAUGCAGUGUGUAAACAGUUUGAGAAACACUGCUCAACAAUUACAACUGAUAAGGAAAUGAGUAGCAGGCUUUACAAACUAAAAUAUGAUUUCAUUGACACACCGAGAAUCAUAACAGUGUUUAUUUAUUUUCUGUGUAGCAAGUUAUCUCUGAGUAACAAUUUAUCUCUGUGCUUUUAACGAACCAGACCCUCAUUGACACAAGGUCCUUGUUUUACUGACUUGGCACGAUGACCUGUGGUGUGUUCUUCUUGUGCGUUCUUCUUUCAGUGGCAUUACAUGGAGUGUUCACACAGAGUGAGUAAGGUGCAUGUUGCUGUUUGUUGAGUUAAUUCUUCACAUCAAACAAUCUCCUGAAUGUAUUGUCCUUGUAAACUCAGUCGGUUGAAGAACUCCAAUAAAAUUGUAGCUUAAACUGCCGUAGCUUACAUUGGCAGGCCUGAACAUAUUAUUAGUAAGGGGUUCAAAAUCGGUCACCAACUUUGAAAAAAAAAAAAAUCUCUUCAUUUUGCUAUUCGACGGCACAUCGCUUCCACCCUCUGGCGCCAUGACAUGCGGUGCAAAGACCAGGCACCACAAGGUUUAUUAUAGCUAUAUUAUUCGAUGCAUUAAAAAUCUCAAGCACAAUUUAUAUGUGUGCGCUCCUUGUGUAGAUCUGUUAACAUUUCUACUAUAAUUGCAUUGACUUUAAUCAAUUGCUGCUUGUUAAACAACACUAUCCUUCCCCCUUUAAAACAGUUCAUAACCUUGACGUAGACAACACGGGGCAGCAGCUAAGAGGUCCCGCAUUUCUCCGAGAGCCCCAAGAUACCUUUAUUAUGGGAAACGCAACUGAUAAAGUCUACUUGGAGUGCUUGGCUGUAGGAGAUCCGCAGCCCUCUUAUCAAUGGUUGAAGUUAACUAACGACAACAGAACGGUUCCUUUGUCCGUAGACCCCAGGCGAGUUCACCUACUUCUUUCAUACUUUAAAUCUCCUUGAGCGUCUUUAUUUUAUUAUUUGUUUCUUAUAAGUUUGUCAAUGAGUCCUGAGUUCUCCUAUUUUUUUUUUUUUAAUUUAAUUAUUUCUAGCCUUAUUAUUUAGUUUUCUUCUAAUUAUUUUAUUUAGUUUUUACUUUGUUAAUGUUAAUUUCCCCCUUUUUUUAUUAUUAUUAUUAUUAUUAUUUUUAUUUUUUUUUGCUGAAGAAGGCUUUUAGCCGACACCUUCCUUAUUGCGUUAAUUUAAACGUUAGUACAGCUGUCGUCGCCACAUCUGUCAGACUACGAGAGGACGAGAGGGCAGCUUCUCAUCUGAACCUCAGCUAACUGGUUUAUGAUGGCAACUCUCGAGUAACAGCCACAGUUGCCAGCAGUCUACUAACAAGGUCCGCACUUCGGACUUUCUCGUGACGUUAAAACAAAUAUUGAACUGAAAUUUUACUCGAUUAAUGAAAAAAAAUAAUAAUUUAAAAGUGGUUCGGUUAAGUAUACUCAAAACUUCUCUCUUGUCCUUAUCAAUUUCCCAGAUAUUCUUUUACUACUGGUUCGUUGGAGAUUCGGAAUCCGGCGUUGACCGAUGAGUCCACGUACUUUUGUAAAGCUACCAAUGACUACGGGACAGUGAUUAGCUCAUCUGCUCGACUCACCUUUGGUGUGCUUGGGAAUUUUUCAAACGUGCCUCCAGCACCUGUGCGUGGAUUAGAAUACGAAGGUGCCACACUGGACUGCCCACGUAUUAUUGGAAAACCAGGUAAUACGAAGCUGCCACACUAGACUUCCCACGUAUCAUUGGAAAACCAGGUAAUACGAAGCUGCCACACUAGACUUCCCACGUAUCAUUGGAAAACCAGGUAAUACGAAGGUGCCACACUGGUCUGCCCACGUAUCAUUGGAAAACCAGGUAAUACGAAGGUGCCACACUGGUCUGCCCACGUAUCAUUGGAAAACCAGGUAAUACGAUGGUGCCACACUGGUCUGCCCACGUAUCAUUGGAAAACCAGGUAAUACGAUGGUGCCACACUGGUCUGCCCACGUAUCAUUGGAAAACCAGGUAAUACGAUGGUGCCACACUGGUCUGCCCACGUAUCAUUGGAAAACCAGGUAAUACGAUGGUGCCACACUGGUCUGCCCACGUAUCAUUGGAAAACCAGGUAAUACGAUGGUGCCACACUGGUCUGCCCACGUAUCAUUGGAAAACCAGGUAAUACGAUGGUGCCACACUGGUCUGCCCACGUAUCAUUGGAAAACCAGGUAAUACGAUGGUGCCACACUGGUCUGCCCACGUAUCAUUGGAAAACCAGGUAAUACGAUGGUGCCACACUGGUCUGCCCACAUAUCAUUGGAAAACCAGGUAAUACGAUGGUGCCACACUGGACUGCCCACGUAUCAUUGGAAAACCAGGUAAUACGAAGGUGCCACACUGGUCUGCCCACGUAUCAUUGGAAAACCAGGUAAUAAUAUUCUUUAUGAGGUUGAUAACUGUGAUGACAAACGUAUACCCUUCGAUGUAGGCGUAUACAUAACAUAUUUAGAGAGACAGAGAGAGAGAGAGAGACGAAAAAAAAGGGGCCCGUCUUGGAUAAUUACAAUUAAUUUUGUUUCCUAAAUUUUAAGUCCUCGGUUCUUAACAUUGUUUGUUUAUCUUAACCAGGCUUGCACAACAUAAGGCCCGCGGGCCACAUGUGGCCCGCCAGAACCCACUUUGUGGCCCGCGAGGUAACGAAAAACUCUUUAUUCUUAUUAUUUUCUUAAUAGCUGUCCCCCUGACCUAUAUUCUUUUGGCCCGCACAAGUCCUGUCGUAUUUUCUUUUGGCCCGCACAAGUUUUUCAUAAUGUAUUACGGCCCGCCUUACGUUUGAGUUCUGCAGGUCUGAUCUAAAUGGUUGAGCAGCUAGUUAAUUCAUCUAUUUAUAAACCGCGGAAUUUUUUCUCCGUCAAUUUCAGUUGUUUUCUAUUUUUGACAAUUUACGAAGAAGUUAAACUUUGAUUUUGUUGGCGGUCACCCCAAACAGCAAUAAUAAACCUGUUCUAAGACCGGGGUAUUUAAGGGCCACAUCAGUGGCGUAGCUAGGGGGGUGCAGGGCGUGCGGACCGCACCGGGUGACACCAUCUCAGGGGGGUGACACCAAAUUGAAAAUUACAUAUUAUAUUUAAAGAGCACACACUGCUCGGUCUAACCAAAUUUCAUAAAAGGAUAACCGAUCACACUUAAAUUUUAUACACAUGUAGCCAAUCCAAAUGGCAGCAGGACUUAAACUACACAAAACAAUUGAUGCCGAAAGUAUUGCUAUCAUAGACAUCGAGAAGAUAAAAUUGGAGGGGUAUCCUGCACAGGUUGCUGGAUAUCAAAUUGCAAAAGCAAAAUCUGGGACUUCGUGGCGACAACGGAGAUAAAUCUUCAUUGAACAGAGGACACUUUCUUGAAAUGGUUGAGAUGCUAUCUAAAUAUGACCAAGUGCUAGAUAAGCACCUAAUGAGACUUAAGAGGAGGACAUCUGCAGUAAAACAUCCGUACCUUACCUUUCACCAGAAACCCAAGAUGAAUUUAUAAAUGUCCUUGUAAAUCAUGUAAAAGAGAUUCUUACCUUGGAUAUAAAGGCUGUGAGGUAUUUUGGAAUUAUGUUCGAUAGUACACUUGAUAUAAUGCACACUGACCAGAUGUCUGAAGUGAUCAGAUAUGUGAAAAUCCACAGUGAGAAAGGUGAAGUCAGUUCUGACAUUCUUACAAAUCUGAAGCGUGAUGGACUAGACAUCGAGCGCAAAGCUCAAUGUUACGAUUAUGCUUCCACAAUGCAUAGAAUCCAUGGAGGUGUUCAGGUCAUUCUGAAACUGAAAAGAAAUAUCCGGUAAUGUGUGGGCCAUUCGCUUAACUUGUGUGGUCCACACUCUUUUGCAGAAAAUGCUUCGUGCAUUACAUUUUUCGGUACACUUGAGAGAACAUUUUCCUUCUUUCCCGUAUCCAAUCAUCGAUGGAAUAUUUUGAUUGAACGCACUGGAAUGUCAAUGGUCAGACCCUACAACACGUUGGAGUGCUCAUGAUGCUGCUUUUAAAACAGUGAAAGUUAAGUUUGAAUGAAUUUUGGCGGUAAUUGAAGCUCUGUGUAAUGCUCUUGAAAAUUUGGAUACAAGUGGUACAGCACAAGGUCUUUUACAUGCUGUCUGUGAUUUCCCGUUUAUCUGCUACCUUUACCUUUGGGCUCAUCUAAUGGAGGAAGUUAACCUUACACAGCAAUAUCUGCAGACUUAAGGCUUUACUCUUGACAAAGUUGUCACCAUCCUAGAGGCAUUAAGAUAUUGCUUCUGCAGGAAAAGCGCUGUCAUUUGGUUGAGCAUGCUGUUGAAAGACACUUUUAAAAUAAGACCAAAUUGGAUUUCGAUAGAGAGAAGAUUAAGGUUUAAGAAGAGAAUGGCAAGAGAAAAAUUAAUAGAUGAUAGACUGUCUUUACAGAAAAAAGCAGUGAGAUACUGGAGUAUAUUUAUUAAUUGUUUCAUUCUGAACUCCAGAUCAGAUCAUCAGCGAUCAAAGAAGUAGUAGAUAUGUUAUGGGCUGCGGGCAACCCAAGAGUCUACUAGAGUCAGCAAGGGAAGAAGAGUUAUUGGUGUCCGUUCCAAAAUUUAUGGGCCACAUAUCUGGUUUGAUGAAAGCUACAUUCAAACAAUAAAGAAAAUGUAUCGAGUUUUUUUUGUUUUGUUUUUUUUUUACUGUCUGUGAAGGAGCUCCGUUCUUUUCUUGUGUACAGUUCAGACGAUUGCAGGUACGGAUAUCCGGAAUCAAUCAUUGUCCUAGGAAAUGUUCACUUUCACCUAUCUGAGUAACACCGUUUCAUAUCCAUUGGUCAAGAAUCAGUUAUUGUAUUCGCCGCCAGCGAGAUCCAUCUAAAGUUAUUAUAAAAUACACGCUCAGGAUCCUGAUACUCACCAUCAAGUAGAACCGUGUGCUGUUAAAAUGUUGUUCCUCGAAUGUAAUUUCGGUACACGUUAGUCGAUAUUUGUCAGACUUGGAAGAAAUCAGCAAACAAAAGAUGCCGUUGCUUUAUUUUAAGCGAUUGUAUUUCACAUCGUCAGACUAACAAAUAUUCACCAGAUAAAACUUAGUAUCUUCUAAAAGGAAUAUUUAUUUUUAAUAAUUAAAAAAUUAUUUAAAAAAUAGCACCAAAAAAACCAACAACAAAAGCUAAGUAAAAAAUAUUCUAAAUCUAAGGAUUCCUCAAUCAGCAUGAUGUUAAUUUUAACACCGGGUAGCAUAGAUGUAUCAUGUUAAACGCUAAACAUAGGCUACUACUUCUCCAUUUCUCUCUGCAGCCAAAUCAUACCAGUGGUACAAGGACGGUGACGAUAACCCCAUAGCACCAAAGAGCCUAAGGCGCGCGUUCGUUUCUGCCAAUGGAAAACUGUAUUUUUCCGAGCUUGAUCCUGCCGACGAGGGCACGUACUACUGCCGUGUUACCCUCUCCGGUUUCGGCCAACCUGGUAACUAUAUUGGAGCUUCUCGAGUGGAUAGUAGAAAGAGUCUUGGGUUGGCUUUGACAGUUGUUACCUCUGGGGAUAGUCGGUAUCAGCCUAUUAUUCAGGAUGACUUCAUUUAUGUGUUUCCUGCGACUCCAACAAAAGGUGGGGACGUCAGGCUGGAGUGCUUUGCUUACGGCACCGGCCCCUUAAAUUACACGUGGUCUCGUGAAGGUGGGCGGCCCCUUCCCAUUGGCUACGCCUUGGAGAGCAAUGGCCGCAUCCUCCUGAUUAAAAAUUUAGACUUUGCAGAUGGUGGCGAAUACACGUUCAGUGUCUUCAGUUCAUCGACAGAGCUCCUGUAUUCAAAGGCAAUCGAUUUGGCGAUCCAAGCCAAACCUUACUUCACCUACCCGCUGACUCAUCAAGAUGUGGACGUCGGGAGUCGUCUGACAUGGCAUUGUGAGGCUGCAGGUAGACCGACACCUACAUAUCAAUGGUAUAAGAAUGGAGAGGUCUUGAAAUCUUCACCAGGCAUUACGGUAGAUGUUAACACAUUGACUAUUACAACUGUAGAUGGGAAGAGAGAUAAUGGGACGUAUCAGUGCGCAGCAUCAAACUCUUUCGGAACUACAUUCACCACAGCACAGCUACGCGUAUGAGAUUUAAUUAUUUUUUUUAAACUACCAACAGUCAUAAAUAAUAAAAGUUCUCAUCAAAUCG